AUGGGAGCUUAAUGCUGUUGUUCAUCUCCAUAAAAAUUGAUAACUAAUGAAAUAGUAGUGGAUGUGAAAGGGAGUUUACAUACGUUAUCGAAAAAAAGUGUAAACAACGAUUAGUUCGUUGGAGUGGACAAUGUUAAUGAGAUUAAAGAGUAAUAUGAAGACUUUGAAGUUAUUGCAGAUUCUCCAUAAGAUCUGACUCCAAAAGAGGAGUAGAAUGGGUAAUUAUGUAAAGUGUUUGCAUAAUCAGAAAGCAAAGUUGAUAGUAAUUUAUAUAUGUAUAUCAAUAAAAUAGCGUUGCCAAAGAACGGGAUUAAAAAAAAAUUAACCGUAUCCUCUAUUGGAACAGUAAAGCUAGGAGCUGAUGUUUUUGUGAAUCUCAAGUAAGGAAGUAUUCACAAGUAUUACACAACUGGGGAGGUCUUGGGCCAAGGAGCGUAUGGAAAGGUUUGGAAGGUUACUCAUAAAAAUACAGGUAAUUAAAUGGAUGGAUUUUAGGGAUGAUCAGAGCCAUGAAGCAAUUAAAGAAAAGUUCUUUGAUCGUUGAAGAGCAACAAAGACUAUUUGCAGAAAUGAACAUUCUUAAAAAUUUAGAUCAUCCUCACAUUGUUAAAUUAUACGAAUUGUACUAAGAUUAAUAGAACUACUAUUUGAUAACUGAAUAUUUAUCAGGGGGUGAAUUAUUUGAUCGAAUUAAAUCCAUGACAUAUUUCAGUGAAAAAAAAGCAGCUGAAUUUAUUCGAUAAAUCUUGCUUGCUGUUGUUUAUUGUCACGAAUAAAAAAUUGUUCAUAGAGAUUUAAAACCUGAAAAUAUUUUAUUUAUUAAUGAAUCUUCUAAUUCACCAUUAAAAGUCAUCGAUUUCGGAACCUCAAGAAAAUACGAUACUGAAAAGAAGAUGACCAAAAAACUAGGAACUGUAAUAUUUCUAUUUAUUUCUAGGCUUAUUAUAUAGCUCCAGAAGUAUUAAAAUAAGAUUACAAUGAAAAAUGUGAUGUUUGGUCCUGCGGUGUCAUCCUAUACAUACUAUUAUGUGGAUAUCCUCCUUUUACAGGUAAAACUGAAAAAGAUAUUAUGCGUAAAGUGAGCGAGGGCAAAUUUAAAUUUGAUUGUAACUUAUAAUACAAACUUAGUUUAGAGGAAGAUUGGGGCUUUAUCUCAGAAGAAGCUAAAAAUUUGAUAACCAAAAUGCUUCAAGUUAAUCCAAAUCAAAGAAUCUCAGCCAAAUAAGCCUUGCACGAUCCCUGGAUUGAUAAACACAAUUUAAAUGAAUAAGUCAAUUAAAUAGUGUUAUAAAAUUUGUAAAAAUUCCAAGUAAUUCUAUUUUAUAGCACAAUAGGCUAAAUCUAUAUUUACUUAGGCUGUCCUUUCUUAUAUCGCAUGCUAAAUGACUUCUUAAUAGGAAUAGGACGAGUUAGUUAAGACCUUCCAAACUCUGGAUCAGGAUAAGAAUGGGAUAUUAUCAAAGGAUGAACUCAUUGAGGGAUAUGCAUUAGUUUUAAAGGAUAAAGAAUUAGCUAUUAAGGAAGUCAAUAAGAUUCUUUAAAUUGUAGAUCUCAAUUAGAGUGGAUAAGUUGAUUUCUCAGGUAAAUUAUCGAUUAUUAAUUUAGAAUUCUUGAUGGCAGCUAUGAAUUAAGAAAAAUUGGUAUCCCUUGAACGAGUUAAGGCAGCUUUCAAGAUAUUCGAUGCGAAUGAUGAUGGGAAGAUAUCAAAAGAAGAACUUGAACUUAUGAUUGGCAGCAUUGAUGAAGAGCUGUGGCAAUAGAUUCUAACGGAAUGCAAGGCAGAAGGAGAAAUUACGGAAAAAGAAUUCAUUGAAAUACUACUUAAUCAAAAGCUUUGA